AUGGAAACGGGUGAUGAAGACGAUUUGAUUGGAAAUAAAGAUGGAUUGAAGUUGUUGGAUUAUGAAAGAGAUGUUCUUGCCAAAACGCUGCCAGCGAGUGUUUUGUUCGUUGUUGGAAGGCAAGUCUUAUUAUACAAUUGUAUGACUAGCUGAAUAAGAAAAUUGUAGUGGACUUGGAUUGGAAAGAUUGUUUCUCGAACAUCUAAUAUUGUUUUCUGACCGACGAUUACUAGCAUUAGUUUUGAAUACAAAUCAACACGAUGAAAGUUAUUUUAUUUCAAAAUUGAAAGAGCACAAUGUCGAAUCCGAACCGAAAGUCAUAAAUUCCGAAGUUAGCAUCAAAGACAGACAAUCAAUAUAUCUCGAAGGAGGUGUUCAAUUUUGCUCAAGUCGUGUUAUUCUUGUAGAUUUACUUCAGAAUCGUAUUCCUAUUAAUCGAAUUGCCGCAAUUUUUGUAUAUAGAGCACAUCAGUGAGUUUCAACUGUUUUUGUAAAAAUAUUUUGUUUCUAAUUCCAGAACAUUAACAGCAUUCCAAGAUUCGUUCAUUCUUCGAUUAUAUCGCGAGAAAAAAUCGGAUGGAAUGGUAAAAGCGUUCACAGAUAAUCCAAACAGUAUAUCAUCAUUGGGUCAACUUCAAAGAUUGGUAGAUAGAUUAUAUGUUAGACAUGUUGAAUUAUUGCCAAGAUUUUCUCAUUCAAUCGAAUCCGAGUUGAGUAGAUAUCAAUUGAGAUCAGCAGUUUUUUCGGUUGAUGUUUCAUCUUCGAUGCGAAGAGUUCACAGAACUCUUGUUGAAUUUAUCAAAGUUUGUAUUCGAGAUCUUCGAGCUUGUUCAACAUCUGGAAAAGAAGAGAAAUUAGAAAAUGAAGAAAUGGUUCAUGUUCCUUGGGCAACAACACAAUUGGAAACAAGGCUGAAAAAUCGAAGAGGACAUCUAACUGAAAAACAAUCUCGACUUUUAUUAGAUGCAACUUCUCUUCGCGAAAUUCUUCAAAUGUCUGAAAAUUUAGAUGGUGCAAGUGUUUUGGCUCGAUUGACGGCAUUGAAAAACGAUCCAAAGGUAAACCCUCCAAAUCCAAGUUAUGUACUUCCUAAUUAAAAAUAAUUAUUUCAGGUUUUGGAAGAACACAGUGGCUGGCUUCAUUCUCCUUCAUUCUCUCGAAUUAUGGAAGAACUUCAAAAUACUUGUGGUGUUCAAAAUGGAAAAGGAGAUUUCAAAAAGUUCGCCGCUCCUUCAAAAUGGAAUGUUUUGGCGGAAGUACUGAAAGAGAUUAAAUUAAUACCCAAUGAUUCGAAAAAUAAAUCUCCCACAGUAUUUUUGGUGACGAAUGCAGAAGAAUUAUCAAGACAAGUGUCGGAUGUUGUGAAAUAUGGAUUAGAUAAAUCGAGAUAUAUGAGUUGGAGGCAAUUAGGAUAUAAAACAACACAAGAUUGUCCAAAAGAUGAACCACUUUGGGAUCAAGAAAAUAUAUCACAACUUAUAAGAAGUCAAUUAGUAAGUUUUAAAAAAAUAAUUAAAUUUUAUUAG